AUGGCAAUGUCGGGUCGUCUUCUUACUGUGAUAGGUACGGUGGUGGGCACAGACCAAACGUGUAGUGUGCCUGGUCGUACGAUCUCAGAAAACCUCUCUUUUAUCCGCGAUCUGAUCGAGUAUGUCGAGCGUGAAGAUCUGCCGGUGGCCCUUCUCUCUUUAGAUCAAGAGAAGGCCUUUGAUCGAGUAGAUUGGGGUUUUCUGUUACGUACUUUAGAUCGUUUUAAUUUUGGUCCUAGCUUCUGUAAAUGGAUCAAGCUUUUUUACACGGAUGUAGAGUCAGCAGUGGUAAUUAAUGGCUGGACUUCUACAUUUUUUAAACCAUCUCGUGGUGUGCGUCAAGGCUGUCCUCUUUCUCCUCUCCUCUAUGUGCUCUGUAUUGAAAUCUUAGCAGUCAACAUCCGUACGUCACCUCACGUUACCGGUGUGUAUCUCCCCGAUUCCAUCGAGCAGUACAAAUGCUCUGGAUAUGCGGAUGAUACCACGAUAGCAGUGACGACGGACGAGUCGAUUGAGGAGGUGUUUAACAUCUAUGACACUUUUCAGGAAACAUCUGGCGCAAAAUUAAACACGGGCAAGUCCAAAGGCAUGUGGCUUGGUGCCUAAAAGAGUAGAACCAAUACACCUUUUGGGUUAUCGUGGGUGAAAGAACUUCCUCUUCUUGGCACGACCUUUAGUGUGGGAGACUACACCAUCCCCACUUGGGAAAAGCCUGCUGCCAAACUGGAAUCACGCUUGUCCGCCUGGUCUGGUCGUUCGCUCUCGUUACAGGGCAAAAAGACCAUAAUAAAUGUUUUGGCGCUCUCGCAGAUUUGGCACUUGUGUCACGUCUUUGCAAUCCCGGCGUGGGCGUCAAAACGCAUCACGAAAGCUCUUUGGUCCUUUUUCUGGUCAGGCAAAAAAGAUCUGGUUGCUCGCACCACUGUGUGUCUACCCAAGUCUCGGCGAGGCUUUGGUGUCAUAGAUUUUGAAAGGAAGGCUGAGUCCUUCGCUCUGCAGUGGGUGAAACGGUUUUUCGCUCCAGAACGAGCCAAAUGGAAGAGCUUUUUAAAAUUUUUUAUCACCUCUUGUUUGGGCAGGUCCCCGCAAGAGGCUUUUGAAUAUUCAUCCUAG